UACUUUUAAAAUUGACGUCUCUCUAGAAUUGAAUGUAAAAAUUCAAAGUUUAUUUUGAUGAAUUUUCGAUUCUCAUCUAUUCGGUAUGGUAAUAAAAGUGGGAAUCAACAGCUUUGGCCGAAUUGGCAGAGUUAUAUUUAGAACUUGUACUGAACACUCGGAUAUAGAAGUUUCAGCAAUCAACGACCCUGCCAUCGACCUAGAGUACAUGUGCUAUUUAAUUAAAUUUGAUUCAACGCACGGGAAAUUCUCCGGGACCAUUUCAAACGAAAGCGACGACAUAAAAAUCAAUGACCACACUGUAAAGGUGUUUCACCACAAGGCGCCGGCAGAUAUACCGUGGCACGAAGCCGGUGUGCAAUAUGUUGUUGAGGCCUCUGGUAUGUUUACCAGCGUGGAAAAAGCGUCGGGUCACUUGACCAGCGAUGGAGUCAGGAGAGUGGUAGUGACGGCUCCCAGCGCGGAUGCGCCGAUGCUCAUACUGGGCGUCAACGAGAGCAGCAUACAACUAGAUAUGAAAGUAAUAUCAUGCGCGUCGAGCACCCUAUACUGCUUGGCGCCAAUCAUCAAGAUCCUAGAAGACGCGUAUGGAGUUGCCGACGGUUUUGUAACCAGUAUACACGCCAUGACGCCGUCGCUUAAGCCACUGGACGGCCUGUGUGUUCGAGGCAAGCACUGGCGCGACCACCGCAGCAUCCACCAGAACAUCAUCCCCGCGGCCACCGGCGCGUGCCGCGCGCUCGGCAGGAUCAUCCCCGGCUGCAGGGACAAGCUCGCCGGCCUCGCCUUCCGAGUGCCCGUCGUCAACGGAUCCGUGCUCGACAUCACUCUCAGGUUGAAUAAGAACACCACUAUAGCCGAAAUAUCCAAAACUAUAGAAGAUCUAAAUAACUCCUUAUUACGAAACAUUAUACAAGUGUCCAACGAGAAGGCCGUAUCAUCAGACUUCUUGGGAGACACUCAUUCCUGCGUUUUAGACAUAGAUUCGAGCCUGCAAAUAAAACCUAAUUUUUUCAAACUAAUAUGUUGGUACGAGAAUGAGUACUCUUACUCGUGUAGAGUAAUUGACACAGUGUUAUUCUUAGAAAGACAGUUCCAAGCACAGAUUCUUACACCGACAAGACUCAUGUACAUGACGCCUAUAUCUAGUAAUAUUCAGAAUAUAGAAAAUAGCCAGGAUUGUAGAAGAUCAUACGUUUCGUUUAGUGUCAUUCCUGGAUUACUAAACAAUAGGCCAAAUAUGAAACCUAGCUUACGAAGCCUUGAAAUGAAAGCCACAACUGAACAAUAUUCCAAACAUGAAAUCGGUCCACCGUCUAAUCGGGAAAACAAAGAAUCUAUUAAAUCCUAUAUCGACCGACUUACGAAAUGUAAAUGUAAUGAAAAGAAAAAUAAAGUUGACGUUGUAAGGAAAGAUUCAAAGGAAGAUAAUGAACACAAAGCAGAGAAUUGUUUUAAAAAAAUCGAGAAAGAGGUUUCUGAAAUGCUAAACAUGGCUGCAGAUUUGUUGAAUAAGUCGUCUAGUAUAAAACUACAGACUGCAAAGAAAUCAAAAAAAGUACCUGAAAAAGAAUCUAAAAACAGAGACAUGAUGAGGAAAAAUAUAAUAGCAAAAAUUUCAGAUACCCUUGAAAAGAUUAGGGAGGUGAAAAUGAAUACACUAAACACUGAUAUUACCGGGGAUCAAAAGACAGUACUAGACAUAGACAAUUAUCAAGAUAAAGAUAGCCUACCAACACAUGAAGCUGGUUCAGUCAACAACUCUCAACCUAAAUUGCCGAAGCCUAACUCACAUACUAAAACUGUUAAUUCUAAUAUUUCAUUGAAUACAUUGAUGUACAAGAAAUACCCAGAUUCUUGUGGUGACGAAAUUAAUGCAAAUUUUCCAUUAAUAAACACUAAUAUAUUUGAUACUAGUAACGAUCACAAAUCUGACUAUCAUACCAAUGUUCACGAUGAAGACGAUACGAGUACAGUGGCAACUAUAGUGAGUGAAAAACUAGAGAACACACAAUUUUUUUUAAAUAAGACCACACCGGUUAAAUCAAAAGUAACUAAUCAUAUGACCGAAAAUUGUAAUGAGAGAAGUGUUAGCAAUAGACAUAAUGGACGAAAUGAAACAAAAUUGAACACAUCGGAAAAUAAAGGCAAAACUGAAACUGUUGUGAGCAUUUCUAAUUUUAAUAUGGACAGUAAAGCAGAAUCUGAUUCUAUAGAAGGUGUGAAUGAACAAUAUAUUGAACUGAAAAAAACCGUCGCUGUAAAAAAUAUUCAUGACGAUAGAAACAACAACAAUGAUGUUAAAAAAGUAGAUGACACCGCGGCUGAAACCUUCAAAAACUCUCCAGGAUGUUCUAGAGGUUCUUGCAGUACAAUAGAAAAUGUUUCCGAAAAAUCUUUGAGUGGUGUCAUUUCUAGUUACGCUACUGUAAGCAAAAAUAAUAGCUCAUACAGAACACAAGAUAUUUAUGAUAAAUUAGAUAGUGAAAGCAUGUCGGACUCUGAAAGUUCUUAUAGAAUACGCGAGAAAACAUCACAAGUUAUAAACAUUACAGAUUUGACUUAUUCACUAGAGGAUUUGCCACGCUUAGAUAAGAUUUGCCGAGUUAUUGAAAUAUCCGACGAGUUAUCAAACAAGUUGUUUUCACCACUCGACGACGACAACUACGAAGAUACCGCAAGGAGAAAAUGGUCGUUUCAAGAUUUGUGUGAAAGAAUCAAGUAUGAUGAGUUUUUUAAUGGAUUGUUUGAAAAGCCUGCAUCAUAGGGCCACUGAAUGUCAAAAAGCUGUACGUACGUAAUAAAAGUAUUUUAUUUCAAAAAUAAAUU